AUGACUUCUUCAUUGAAGUCCGACCCUACAUCGUUCUGGCGUUUUGUUAACACGAAGAAAAACAGUGACUGUGACCCAAAAUCGUUGCAUUAUGGUGACAAAUCAUCGGUUGAUAAGAUGGAGCAAGCUGAAAUGUUUGCAACAUUUUUCAAAAACAAUUUUGCAAAUCAACCGUCUCUAAUUCAAUCGACAGCACCAGCGUCAACUCAAACAAAUUCUUCCGUUGACAAUUUCAUUCUUAACGAAUUUUCUGUUUUUGACGAGUUACUAAAAAUUAACUCUAAGAAAGGCGCAGGACCAGACGGAAUUCAUCCAAUCCUUCUUAAAAAUUGUGCUGGCUUAUUAUACGAACCGCUGUCAAUGAUUUUCAAUGAUUCCCUUUCCACUGGACACUUUCCUACGAGAUGGAAACGUUACAGCGUUGGACCAAUAUUCAAAAAGGGAUCACGUUCUAACGUUGAAAAUUAUCGGUGCAUUGCCAAAUUGCCAACGAUCGCCAAUGGAGAUCAGCAAGAUGGUAGCCGAUAA